AUGCCUAAGAGCACAUACACUUCACCUCGACAACCAGACUGCCUACCUGCUAUGACGGAUAACCAGAUGACCAGAGUUCCCAGGCUCGGCGCUACCUGUACUCCCACUGGGACGGUCCCAUUUUGCGAAGACACUUGGCAGGACAAUCGAAUCACCCUUUCUCUCACGCUAGGCGACAAACAGCUGUCGGAGCUCUUUCACGCUGCCCUUUGCCCACUCUAA